CUUCCGUCGACUGCUUCCUCACUCACCGCAGAAGCCUAAAUCGUUGCCGCUUGGUGGAGACAAGCCUUGUUCGAGCUUACCUGCUCCUUCUGUAUUCACUCUGUCAUUCAGUAGUACGACCACGACCUGUAGACUUAGAGAUGUCAUCUAAUAAUUACAAUAUUGAUAGAAAUGAUCAUUCUGACGAAAGCGAUGUUGAAUAUGAACUUGAUCAAUUAGUAAAAUUGGGAUGUGGUGUUGUAAUCCAUCAUUUUGUGAUGCAUGUUUGCAAAGAGCCUUGUAGGACAUCUUCUCACACUAGUUACAAAUUUGUAAUGAAGAUCUUGAAUGGUCACAAGGAUAGAUGUCGCCAACAAUUUAGAAUGAAAAAACAUAUAUUUCAGAAAUUGUUAAUAGUACUUGAACAACAAUAUAACUUUAGUAAAGCCAAACGUAUGCCUUUGGAGGAGGCUCUUGCAAUGUUUCUUAUUACACUGGGUCACGGUUUCUCAAAUAGAAUGGUUCAAGAAAGAUUUCAGCACUCUGGUGAGACUGUAUCAAGGUGGUUUAAUAUAGUGUUAGAUGUUAUUUGUCAUAUGGCUAUAGAUGUAAUUAAGCCUACAGAUCCACAAUUCAAAACUACUUCUGAUAAGAUUAAACAAGACACUAGAUAUUGGUCGUAUUUCAAAGAUUGUAUUGGAGCAAUUGAUGGUACUCAUAUACAGGUUGUAGCACCUAAAGGAAGACAUAUACCAUAAAUUGGUCGAAAGUAUUACCACCUAAAAUA